AAUCGGGUCUUUUGCUUGGCUUCCAGGACAGACAUGGUCACCCCUUUCAGCCAGCAAGCUUGAGCAAGCAGAGGAGAGGGAAAGAGCCUCUCUGCAGUGCUGUGCUAGGCUUGCAGGAAGAGACAUUUGUUUCUGCAUUAGUGUGAUAUUAGUGUGCAGUGCACCUUGAUCAGGUCUUAUAUAUUGGCAGUGCUGGUGAUAGCACACUCACACUGAGCCAAAGAUGGGGAGUUUGCACAAGUUCAGUUUUGUUAUCCUCAUGCUAUGUUACACAACGUUGGCGAGCGCGCAGUAUGUCAAGUACAAGGAUCCAAAGCAACCCGUCUCCGUUCGUGUCAAGGAUCUGCUCAGCCGGAUGACUCUCGCCGAGAAGAUCGGCCAGAUGACCCAGAUCGAGAGGGAGAACGCGACGGCGGAGCAGAUAUCCAAGUACUUCAUAGGGAGUGUGCUGAGUGGUGGAGGGAGUGUGCCUGCUCCCCAGGCAUCACCUCAGGCCUGGGCUUCAAUGGUGGAUGAGAUGCAGAAGGGCGCUCUUUCGACGCGGCUAGGUAUUCCGAUCAUCUAUGGUAUUGAUGCCGUGCAUGGUCACAAUAACGUCUACAAGGCUACCAUCUUCCCCCAUAAUGUUGGGCUUGGCGCUACCAGGGACCCCGAGCUAGUAAAGAAGAUAGGAGAAGCAACUGCUCUUGAAGUUAGAGCUACUGGAAUUCCCUACGUCUUUGCUCCUUGUGUUGCGGUUUGCAGAGACCCAAGAUGGGGACGCUGCUACGAAAGCUAUAGCGAAGACCCAAAGGUUGUCCAAUCAUUUACCACCCUCAUCUCCGGCUUGCAAGGCGAUGUUCCAUCUAAUGAUGUAGGAAGACCAUAUGUUGGAGGAAGUAAGAAAGUUGCUGCAUGCGCGAAGCACUACGUUGGUGACGGUGGGACGGUCAAGGGGAUCAAUGAGAACAACACAAUCAUCGACACUCACGGGCUGAUGACCAUUCAUAUGCCUCCUUACUAUAACUCUGUCAUCAGAGGAGUCUCCACUGUCAUGGUUUCGUACUCUAGCUGGAAUGGAGUGAAAAUGCAUGCGAACCAUCACCUGAUCACCGAUUUUCUCAAGAACAAGCUCCGGUUCAGGGGUUUUGUGAUUUCGGACUGGCAAGGCAUUGACCGGAUCACUUCUCCUCCACACAAAAACUAUUCUUACUCAAUUGAGGCUGGAAUUGGUGCUGGCAUUGACAUGAUCAUGGUUCCUUACACCUACACAGAAUUCAUUGAUGAUCUGACAGAGCAAGUUAACAACAAAAUUAUCCCCAUGAGCAGAAUUGAUGAUGCUGUCUAUAGGAUUCUCCGGGUCAAGUUCACCAUGGGUCUAUUUGAGAGUCCUUUCUCUGAUUCCAGCCUCGCCAACGAACUCGGAAAACAGGAGCACCGUGAACUCGCGCGCGAAGCAGUCAGGAAGUCCCUGGUGCUGCUGAAGAACGGGAAAUCUUCCUACUCUCCGGUGCUCCCCCUUCCGAAGAAGGCCGGAAAGAUUCUCGUCGCGGGAAGCCAUGCCGACGACCUGGGAAGACAGUGUGGAGGAUGGACCAUCACCUGGCAAGGACAGCCCGGCAACAACAUCACUGCUGGGACGACGAUCCUGUCGGGGAUCAAGGCCACCGUGGAUCCCAGCACGACGGUGGUAUACUCGGAGAACCCGGACAGCAGCGUCGUCGCCGGCGACAAGUACGACUACGCGAUCGUGGUGGUCGGCGAGCCGCCGUACGCGGAGGGGUUCGGCGACAACCUGAACCUGACGAUCCCGGAGCCCGGGCCGAGCGUGAUCCAGACGGUGUGCGGGAGCGUCAAGUGCGUGGUGGUGCUCGUCUCCGGGCGGCCGCUGGUGGUGGAGCCGUACAUCGGCGGCAUGGACGCGUUCGUGGCGGCGUGGCUCCCGGGCACCGAGGGGCAGGGCGUGGCCGACGUGCUGUUCGGUGACUACGGGUUCACCGGCAAGCUGUCGCGGACGUGGUUCAGGUCCGCGGACCAGCUGCCGAUGAACGUCGGCGACGCGCACUACGACCCGCUCUUCCCCUUCGGCUACGGCCUCACCACGGCGGCGGCGCACAGCUGAGGAGGAGGCGGCGGCGCAGCGAGCGAGCACGAGACGGUGGCGGUGUUGGUGCGUUGGUUGAUUGAGACGGUGGUGUGACCGUGUGAGACGCAUCACACACACACAUGUGUUGGGGAGACGCAAUAACGAUGCGAGUGAGAGUGAUAGGUGCGUGCGUGCAAUUCUUGUGGCGGGCUGUUGUUAGUGGGUCGUGGAAUAAAACCGGGCGCUUUUGCCUUCUUUUCUCUCGCCAACACCUUGUGCAGUUGUGCUGUGCGCUGUGAUGAACUGUCCGCGUAUGGUUAGGUCCCGUUUUGGACGCGUGAAUUUCAGAGGAGCUACUUCAUUUCCUUCA